AAAUGCUACCAGUUCACAUGACGAGACAGGGCUUAUUCCGUCAGUGAGGCUGCGAGCGACAUCUCACCGCGUACACGGGAUUUUUACCAGCAGGACGUGCUUUGGGAAAUACCAAAUAACCCUUUUCUCUAUCGUCGGACAGCAGAGAAACGUAAACAACAACAGGAAGAACAACAGCGACGCCUCGGAUUGAGCUAACAGUCCGUUAAGUCAAGUGCAGUGUUGCAGUGCGCCGUGUCGGACCCACCUGCGCCCGCAGCGGCGACACAACAACACCGCCUCUCCUAACACAUUAAAAGACAUUAAAAGUAUAUCUGCGCUCCGGUGGGACCUGGCCUGAAAGAUGAAACUCUCUCCCGCUCUGGCUGCGCUCAUCAUUGCCUGGUUUGCGGUGUUAGGUUGCAUUCAGGCUGUUACUCUUGAAGUGAAAGAGGGAAACUCCACCUGCAUUAAGGCUCAGCUUUCUGCAUCAUUCUCCAUCUCAUACAACACCUCCAACAGCACAAGAAAUGUGCAGGUCUCUCUGCCCGAUUCUGCCACAGUCGAUACAGGGAGCAGCUCCUGUGGCACAACCGGCAGCUCACCGUGGCUGGUGGCAGUGUUUGGACCCGGCCACGCGCUGGGGCUGAGCUUUUCAACCAAUGGAAGUCUGUACAGUGUCGCCAACCUGACGUUGCAGUACAAUCUCAGCGACUCUUCAGUCUUCCCUGAGGCCAACAGCUCUGAUGUGGUCACUGUGGUGUCGUCUUCAGUCGGGAUCUGGGCGACGAUCAACACCACGUAUCGCUGUGUGAGCCCCAGCCCUUUUGAAGUUGGUGGAACAACUGUCACUUUCUCUAACAUGAGGCUGGAAGCGUACAUGCCAGGAAAUGACCUGAGUCCAACAGAAAGCGUAUGUGUGGCAGAUCAGGCCAGUACUACUCCUCCACCUACCACUGCCGGCACUACAACAACCGUAGCUCCAGCACCAACCCCUCCUGGAACACCAGAGCGGGGCAUGUACUCUGUAAACAACACCAAUGGCACUGUGUGUCUCUUGGCCCAAAUGGGACUGCAACUCAACAUCUCCCAUUUCUCUCUAUCUCAGAAUAAGACUGUCCAAGAAUUAGUAAACUUGGCUCCCAAUCUGACAAGUUCAUCAGGAUCAUGUGAAGCCAGCAGUGCUACCUUGGUUUUGACACAGGAACGAACCACCACUCUCAACUUCACCUUCACUCUGAACUCUACGAGCCACAAGUACCACCUGAGUGGGAUAACUCUGCUUGCUAAUUGGUCUGAUAUGACUGCUCCCUUCUCAGCCAGUAACACCAGUCUCAACUACCUGCGGAGUACAGCGGGGCGCUCCUACAUGUGCAACGCUGAGCAGACUCUGUUUGUGGUGCCAACCUUUUCUCUCAACACAUUUAAACUGCAGGUCCAACCCUUUGAAGUCACCACCCGCCAGUUUGCUACAGCGGAGGAGUGUCAGAUGGACCAAGACCAGAUGCUUAUCCCCAUCAUCGUCGGAGCAGCUCUUGCCGGCCUGGUGCUGAUCGUCCUCAUUGCAUAUUUAAUUGGCAGGAAGAGGAGCCAUGCUGGAUACCAGACUAUCUGAAUGGACACUUCAUGACAGACUGAAUGGAGGCGAGAUGAACCCCAAGUGUGUGAGUGAGCAAGUAAUGAGACUGUGUGGACACAAGCAUGGUGAAUGGAAGCAGUUGUUACUCCAUGGUGAGCGCAUGUUUUUGCUUAAUCCUAUGUGACCUCCUGGAUAUUUUAUUUUCCUUUCACUUUCUCUGUGAGAUGAUGAUGAUGAUGAUGAUGAGAAGCCAAAGACCUGCUAACUUUAGACGGUGUGCAUCUUGAUGAAGCCUAAUCCAAGAUGGAGGCAGUUUGAAUUUGCUGCAGCAAGUUCACCAUCAGCUGUUUAUUAUUGUUUUUAUUAUGUUUUAGGAAUUGGUUGAAUUUGCUUGAAUUGCAGUUUUAUAGCUAUGUUAUUAUUUAAUAUCCCAUGCAAUUAAAGAGGCAGAGGGAGAGUCAAAUGAAAUGUAGGCAUAUGGCUUGUCCACUGUUGGUCAGACAUUUCAAGACAUUUCAAGUUGCGUCUACACAUGCUCACAAUCUCUUUUUAAAAACAAGAUUAUUCCUGUGACUCUUAAGAAAAGGGAAAGCUCUGAAUGUGUGUCUUUUCCAAUCAUAUUCCUCCACAGUGGAGACAGAUUAAAGCCUGUCCCAAUAGUGCAAUGAGGCAUAGCUUAAUCCAACUAAUUAAACACAGUCUGCUAAUUGUGAUGAUAAAAACAGGGAUUUGCUGCUUUGUAUAAACAGUGUGUGGCGGUCCAGCCAUACAGAGUGCAACUAUGCAUUACUAAAAUGUAUUUAACAUUACAAGUGAACAGGUGCAUGGGUUUAUUUUCUAUUCUGGCUUUCCCCCGCCCUCUCCUUAAGGAAUGUUAAUAUGAAUUGUAGUGAUUUGAUCCAUUUAUUUUUAUAGAAAAUGGUUUGACCUCGUUUUCUAUUAUGCAUCUUACUGAAAAUUAAUAAAAACCUUUGAAGUCCAGAA